AUGCCUCGUCCAACAACUGCAUCGAAUAAGGGUAAAGAUGAAUCUGUUCGAGUCGUUGUUCGAUGUCGUCCGAUGAGCGAUAAAGAACAAGAAACUAAUUGUGAAAGAAUUGUUAAUAUUGAUGAACAACGUCGACAAAUAUCUAUUCGACGACCUGUUAAUGAAAAUUCUCAACGUAAUGCUGGUGAAGAUGGACAUAAUUUCUUUUUUGACGCUGUUUAUGAUUGGAAUUCAAAACAACGAGAUGUUUAUGAACAAACUGCACGACCACUUGUUGAUUCCGUAAUUGAAGGUUUUAAUGGAACAAUAUUUGCCUAUGGACAAACUGGUACAGGAAAAACAUUCACUAUGGAAGGUGUUCGUUCACAAGCGGAAUUACGUGGAAUAAUUCCAUCAUCAUUUGCACAUAUAUUUGAUUCAAUUUCACAUAGUACAUCAAAACAAUUUCUUGUACGAGCUUCUUAUCUUGAAAUCUAUAAUGAAAGUAUUCGUGAUCUAUUAUCAAAAGAUCAAAAUAAACGUUUACAAUUACAAGAACAUCCAAAAGAAGGUGUUCAUGUACAUGACCUUAGUUCAUUUGUUACAAAGAAUUCACAAGAAAUUGAACAUGUUAUGACAAUAGGAAAUGCAAAUCGAUCAACAGGAGCAACAAAUAUGAAUGAACAUAGCUCACGUUCACAUGCUAUAUUUAUGAUUACAGUUGAAAGUAGUGAGAUGGGUGCUGAUGAAAAAGCACAUAAUCGUGUUGGAAAACUUAAUCUUGUCGAUUUAGCUGGAAGUGAACGUCAAGGUGAACGAUUUAAAGAAGCAACAAAUAUCAAUUUAUCUCUUUCAGUACUUGGUAAUGUUAUCUCUGCGCUUGUUGAUGGUAAUUCACAUGUACCUUAUCGUGAUUCAAAAUUAACUCGAUUAUUACAAAAUUCACUUGGUGGUAAUUCAAAAACAAUUAUGAUUGCAACACUUGGACCUGCAGAUUAUAAUUAUGAUGAAUCACUUACAACACUUCGUUAUGCUAAUCGUGCUAAAAAUAUCAAAAAUCAACCACGCAUAAAUGAAGAUCCUAAAGAUGCUUUAUUACGUAAAUUUCAAGAUGAAAUAGCUCGAUUAAAAGAACAACUUGAAGGAAAAGGUAAAAGUGGUCGUAAAUCUCGUCGUCGUAAUAAUCAAGAUGGAAGUAAUAAUGAUGAAAAUGAUGAUGGUAAUCAAAAUGAUGAAGAAUUAUAUCUUAAAGAACAACAAGAUAAACUUAAUGAUGAAAAACGAACAAUUCUUCAUAAUAAAAAUAUCAAUGAAAAUGAACGAGAAAGUAUGCUUCAAGAAUUAGAAGAACAAAAACAAGCUAUUGAACGUGAACAAGAAGAACGUCGUGAAAUACAACAUAAAAUUCAACAAAUGCAAUCAAAAUUAAUCACCGGUGGAAAAGAUAUUGUUACACAUACAAGUGAACAGGAAGAAAUUCUAAAACAAAAACGGCGUUUAAUUGCGGAAGCUGAACGUCGUCAUCGUGAAGUUCAACAACGAUUGGAGCAAGGUGAAGAAGAACGACAAACAAUCAAUGAAAAAUAUACAACUAUAAAAGAAGAAGUUGAUGAUAAACGUGCUAAACGAGAUAAAUUAUCGAAACAAUUAAAAAAACUUGAAGCAAAAAAACUUGAUAUUACGGAAAAUCAUCGAAUAGCACGUGAAGAACUUGAAGCUGAACAACGUGAAAUGCAAAAACAAGCUAAAUUAUAUCAACUUAUUAUUGAAAAUUUUAUUCCUAUUGAUGAACGUGAACGAUUAUUUAAACGAAUUCAAUUUGAUAAUAAACAUAAUCAAUGGACAUUAAAAGAAUUAUCAAAAGAAACAGAUCAAAUGGCUGCUCGUCCAAAGUCAAUUCGUAAUGCUCACCAUCCAAUAGUUUCAAAUUCACAAUCAAAUUCUACUCCAAAAAUAGCUGAAUUUAAAGGUGAAAAUAUUAUGCUACUUCAAAUGGAUGGUCCUAGUCGAACCACUCGAGACUAUGAAGGUCCAAUCGUUUCACCAAUGAUCCAAGCAGCUAUUGAAAAUGCAAUGAAAGAUGAAGAUAAUAUUGAAUUAGAUGCAAAUAAUAUUCCAGUGGAUAAACGUAAGAAGAAAAAAAAAACAAUUCCUACUGGUGAAAAUGCAUAUGAUCAUUAUACAUCAUCAUCAACAACAUCAGUGUCCCGUCUUGGAUAUGGAGAUUUACAAACCGGUCGUAGUAUGAAUAGUGCACGACGUUAA